UAUUUAGAACGAAAUGGCGUCCUCGGAAUUACAAAAACGGAAGCAAGAAGAAUACGAAAUGCAGCUGUUUAACUUUCAUUCAAGAGCCGUGUACGCUACUUUAAAAAAUAUUGUAAGUGAAAGGAUACAUUACACAAUUCAAAAGAUGUGUGAAACAAUUGAAAAAACAUACAAAUUAAAUUCCGAAAAUGUAGCAAUACUUGAAACAAAUCAAAAAAAUUUAGAAAGGGCAUACUAUAAAGGAACAAUGCCACAUUUAGAAAAUAUUAAGAAUAUUGUAAAUAAAUACAUUGCUAUUCCAAGUAAUGUCUUAUUGGAAGAGGACAAGUAUCAGAGGACACAAUAUAGUGAUACAGAAUUUGAAAAUAUAAAUCGGACAUUAGAAGUACUACAACAAAGAGCAAAAAGAGCCACUGUGUUGAACACAGUAUUGAAGGAAGAAUUGCGAGUUUUAGAAGAAUUUCCAAUUACUGAAGAAAAUGUAAAUAAAAUGUGUAAUAUAAUAGAAAAUAACGUAAAAUGCCCUAAUGUAAAUGAAAAAAUGUAUCACUUAGUAGAAGAUUAUAAAAAUUUGUCUACUAGUCUGUUUGAUACGAUUACAACAAAGAUGAAGUAUAAUCCAGUAGAUAAUCUUAAAUGCAAAGAGAUUGAUUUAAAUAGUUUAUAG